AUGUCGAGAUCCUACGAUCGUGCGCUGACCGUCUUCUCCCCAGAUGGUGAGCUUCCAAAGGCCUUGAAUUCAUCUCCUUCUUGAUCUGUCCCUGACAUUGCCCCCCCUCGCACUCUGCCCAUCUCAGGUCAUCUCUUCCAAGUAGAUUAUGCAGCCGAAGCGGUGCGAAAGGGAACUUGCGCCAUUGGUGUAAGGGGUAAAGAUGUGGUGGUGCUGGGAGUGGAGAAGAAGAGCGUGUUGCAGUUGCAGGAUGCCAGGACUAUCAGAAAGACGGCCAUGCUGGACGAUCACAUUUGUUUAGCUUUUGCUGGUGAGUGAUGACCGGCGGUGCGCGGUUGAUUUGGGAGAAUUGGGAGAAUCUGGAAAAGCAAAAAGUGCUAGCGCUGCCAAGAUGGUCAACGGGGUAUCGGCGGGCGAGCGCAUACAUGGUCCCGCCCGGCCUCGUGCUGUAGAGUGACUUGGGAAAGGGACUCGCCUUGGGCCUAUCUGCAGACUGAAAGCUUCGAGGGCUGAACGACUUCCAGCUCGACUCGCUUGCGCAAUCUUGCUGACAAUUGCUCUCCCACGCUCACUUCACGCCCAGGUCUCACUGCCGACGCUCGCAUUCUGAUCGACAAGGCGCGCAUCGAGUGCCAAUCACACCGACUCACAGUCGAGGAUCCGGUCAGCGUGGACUACAUCACGAGGCACAUUGCAGGCAUUCAGCAAGUCAGCAGCCUUCCCAUCUGUGCUUUCCCAAGGCUCUAGCUGACGUUUUCUCUUCCUCCUCCUCCGCACCACCUCGCAGAGGUACACUCAAUCCGGCGGAGUACGUCCAUUUGGUUUAUCUACAAUUCUGAUCGGCUUUGAUCCGAACGAAGCUGUUCCUCGACUGUACAUGACCGAACCCAGCGGUAUGUACAGCGCGUGGAAAGCCGUGGCUAUCGGGAGGAGCAGCAAGACUGUGCGUGAAUUCUUGGAAAAGAAUUGGGCAGAGGAUCUGGACAAGGAGGCUACGAUCAAGCUGGCCGUCAAGAGCUUGCUAGAGGUCGUGCAGACUGGCGCCAAGAGUGAGUGGUUAUGCGCAUCCGGAGCUUAGCCACUCUUCCCAUUCCAUUGGCUCACUUUGGUACGCUUCACAGACAUCGAAAUUGCCAUCAUGGAAGGAUUUGGAAAGGUCAGAGUGAGUUGUGAUAUUAGCUUUGGAGCUUUUCCGUCGAUCGAUCGUUGAUCUAGCUCACGGUACUGUCCAUCUCGCCUCUUGAUUUCACUCCGCGCUCACAGAACCUCGAGCUAUCAGAGGUGGAAGCGGUCGUGACGCAGAUUGAAGCGGAGAAGGAAGCGGAUGCAGAGAGGCGUCGCACGAGGUUGGCAGCUACCGCUGGAGCUCAGGCUUCUCUUGGUGCAGGUGCAGGUGCAGGUGCGGGUUCUGGCAGCUCAUAA